AGGGCCAGUUCACACUACAUGCGUUUCAGUUGCUUUUUUUCUGCAUCCAAAAUGCACAGAAAGUAGGUUAUAUGGUUGUCAAUGUCAUAGUUCACAUCAGUGCUUGCAGCUCCAGUGUGUUCCAGAUGCAGAAAAAAAAAAGAAAAAAAAAAGUAAAACAACGGCUUCAUUUUUGCUCCUGCACAGAACUGAAACACUUCUUAACUUUGGAAACAGACUAUUGGAAAACGCUCCGGAACGCACUGGAACACACAUGUCCCUAUUUAAAUUGAAGAAAAAGAGGGGAAAAAAAUUAACUGGAA